AUUGCUCCAAGAUGGCGGCGGCGGCGGCGGCGGCAGUGCAGCUGAGCUGGAUUGAAACUGCCCCCUGGUGCUCCCCCAGCCUGCAACGUAGGAGGGUGUCCGGAGGCCCAGUUAGGGCCUGACUUCGGCCCCAUGCGGCUCACCCGCUGCCAGGCGGCCCUGGCAGCCGCCAUUACCGUCAACCUCCUGGUCCUCUUCUACGUCUCGUGGCUACAGCAACAGCCCAGGAACGCCCGGGCCCGGGGCCCCCGCCGCGGAUCUGCCGCCGGCCCUCAUGUCACCGUCCUGGUGCGGGAGUUCGAGGCCUUUGACAAUGCGGUGCCCGAGCUGGUGGACUCUUUCUUGCAGCAGGACCCAGCCCAGCCGGUGGUGGUGGCAGCCGACGUACUCCCCUACCCGCCCCUGGCCCUGCCCCGCGUCCCCAAUGUUCGCCUGGCACUGCUCCAGCCCGCCCUGGACCAGCCCGCUGCGGCCUCGCGCCCCGAGACCUAUGUAGCCACUGAGUACGUGGCCCUGGUGCCGGACGGGGCGCGGGCUGAGGCACCAGGCCAGCUGGAGCGCAUGGUAGAAGUGCUCCGGGCGGGAGGCGCACGCCUGGUGGCCGCCCCCGUUGCCUCAGCCAACCCUGCCCGGUGCCUGGCCCUGAAUGUCAGCCUGCGGGAGUGGACAGCGCGGUACGGCCCGGCCCUCUCCCCACAGCGCUGCGACGCCUUGGAAGGGGACGCUGUGGUGCUCCUGCGCGCGAGAGACCUCUUCAACCUCUCGGCGCCCCUGGCCCGGCCGGUAGGCACCAGCCUCUUCCUGCAGACGGCCCUGCGUGGCUGGGCAGUGCAACUGUUGGACUUCACCUUCCCUGUGGCGCACCAGCCCCCACUGACCACCGCCCAUGCGCGCUGGAAGGCGGAGCGCGAAGGACGCACACGGCAGGCUGCGCUGCUGCGGGCGCUGGGCAUCCGCCUAGUGAGUAGGGAGGGCGGGCGCCUGGAGUGGUUUGGUUGCAGCAAAGAGACCCCUCGCUGCUUCGGGACCGUGGUGGGCGACACACCUGCCUAUCUAUAUGAGGGGCGCUGGACACCCCCAUGCUGCCUGCGCGCGCUGCGCGAGACAGCCCGCUACGUGGUGGGCGUCCUGGAGGCAGCCGGAGUGCGCUACUGGCUGGAGGGCGGCUCCCUGCUCGGGGCUGCCCGCCACGGGGAUAUCAUCCCGUGGGACUACGACGUGGACCUGGGCAUCUACUUGGAGGACGUGGCCAAUUGCGAGCAGCUACGGGGGGCCGAUGCUGGCUCAGUGGUGGAUGAGCGCGGCUUUGUGUGGGAGAAGGCCAUAGAGGGCGAUUUCUUCCGCGUGCAGUACAGUGAGAGCAACCACUUGCACGUGGACCUGUGGCCCUUCUACCCCCGUAAUGGGGUCAUGACCAAGGACACGUGGCUGGAUCACCGGCAGGAUGUUGAGUUCCCCGAACAUUUCCUUCAGCCCCUCGUGCCCCUGCCCUUCGCCGGCUUCAUGGCACUGGCGCCUAACAACUACCGCCGCUUUCUGGAGCUCAAGUUUGGCCCCGGGGUCAUCGAGAACCCUGAGUACCCCAACCCGGCCCUCCUGAGUUUCACAGGAAGUGGCUGAAGCCCUGACUCCCGCGCCUGGGGUCAGAGGAACUGUCCUUUGUUUUGGUGUCACUGGCAUUUGGUAAGGGGCCAGGAACGCCAAGCUGCCCUGCAGGGCCCAGUGCAGACCGGGACAGCCAAGUCGUGCCCUGCCCAAGAUUUCCAGGAACCUUGGGCUGGGACAGAGUUUUGGAAAGAGGAGGAGAAAGAGUGUAGGCUCUGAGGCCAAACUGUCGCGUUUCAAGCCCGGGCUCCACCAUUUAACUAGUUACAGGGCCCUGAGCGAGCUUCCCGGUUUGUUUUCUCCAUUCCUCGGUUCCCACCGGGAUCCAGUGAGUGCCCUCGGUAUCCCGCACAGAAGGAGCCCCUGCGACCCUUGGCUGCGGGGGUUGCUUCUACCACUAGAGGGCGCCUUCACCCUACAAUGGGGCCAAGGGGACAGGAAGCCCAGGACUUCUGUUCCAUAACUUUUUUUUGUCUCUUGAGCCUUUGGUCUUCUCUCUAAGCCCCUGUGCCUGGCGGGACAGGAUAACUAUCUCUCCCUCUUCCAGAAUGCGACCUCCUUCCCUCCUGGGAGAGCCCUGUGUGGUGCAUGCUGCCGUUAGCCCCAUGUUGCGGAGGAGGAAACAGACUCAGAGCUCUGAGGUGCAGCUGUAGUUGAGAGCAGGGUUCGGGAUCCAGGCCCCCUCCCUUUUAACUGUUACCUCAUUAUUUUAGCUCUCCGCACCGGUUUCCCUGCUUGCACAGUGGGGUCAACAGUAAUUGCUGCUGACAAGUACUGAGCACUUACCGUGUCCCAGGCAUUGUCCCCAGUGUUUCACGCAGAUUUGCUGAUCUGUCCUUCUCCUCCACCUCCCAUAUGAGAGCUGCUAUUAUUUCUAUUUACAGGUGAGGAGAAUGAGGCCAGAAUGGUAAAGUCACUUGCCCAAGGCCAGACAGCUUAGGAAGUGGCCGAGGGGGAAACUGAACCCAGGCUGUCCGUCGGGAGCCCACACUGACGAGGCCCCGGGUGCCCCCUCCAGCUCUGGUGCCCCAGAGGGUCUCUUGUCACUGAGCACAGAAGGCAAUGGCUGCCUUUGUGUGUGUGUGUGUGUGUGUGUGUGAUCAUGCACCUAAGAAUAAAUCCUGUUUGGGCAUUACCCCAAUAUGUGUAUUUAUCAAUUAUAUACAGGUACUACUGUCAUUCUGUAUGAGUAAUAAGGCUUAAAUUAUUUCACUUUUAAGUUAAAAAUCAAUACAGAAGUUUUGUGUACUUGCCUCAUGCCAACAGCUUGUCACACACACCCUCCGGGUGUGUGCACCUGGUUUUUGAAACCACAGGCUCUGAAGUGGGAGACCUGGGUUCACACCCCAGUGCUGCCGCUUUCUGCCCCCAUGAGCCAGGCCCUGGCGCCUCUGCCUCUCUGUACUUGUGCUUCGCACCUGGGAAACGGGGGCACUGGGCGCGCCCGCCCCACAGGGGUGCUCUGAGGGACUGUGGUGGUGAACGGGCUGCGCUGGAUUCUGGCUUGGCCACCUAGUUUCUUUGGAACCUUAGGCAAGUCACUGUCCCUCUGAGCCUAUAGAUUAGGUGGGGGGGGAUUGACGUGUGAAGCCCUUAUAGAAGGACCAGCAAGAAAAGGCAAGUACAAAUUUGACCCAAUCUCCUGAGGCUUAGAUGUCCAAAGCCUGACUUAUAAUGCAGCCUCUGUUCUUAAAGCACAACUAGAUUGCAGAGAGGUUGUUGGGUUCCCAUCUGUCUAGCCUUCUGGAAGCAUGGUGAUGAUUUGGGCCAUCGCUUGUGGUUAGGAGGUGCUCUUGGUUCUUGGAAGGCAUGGCCCAUGGAUGGAGGAUGUCUUACUUACAUGGGCAUUUCACACAGUAGUGUCCCUUGUCACAUACCAUCCUCAGAUGUCCCCCUGGACAUUCGUGAAGUGCAGAUGAUGUUCAAAAUAUUUUGCAAUUGGUGUGGCAAUACAAAGUAAUAUAUAAAUCAAUAUGUGCAUCUGAAAUUUUUAAUGUUUCUUUUUAAUUCUCAGCAUAAUGAAAAUGAUCUAUCUAUAGAUUGAUAAUUCUUUAAGUUAUUUGCCAAGAACAUAAGUUAAACCUCAACUCAUUCUUAAAUUAUUUAAUGAUUUAAUUUCAUUUAGAAAUUGGUGUGAUUUCUCAAUU